CUACUACUGUUUCUUUUGCGGCUCUUACUUCUACUACAAGUGGUAAUGAUAUUAAUACUUUAAUGGCCACUGACGCCGACAUCUCUCGCCGGAAAAAGCGUCCGGUUUACCGGGGAAUCCGUUGCCGGAGUGGGAAAUGGGUCUCCGAGAUCCGAGAGCCUAAGAAGACUACACGUGUGUGGCUUGGAACUUAUACGACGCCGGAGAUGGCUGCGGCGGCCUAUGACGUGGCGGCGUUAGCUCUUAAAGGCGGAGACACCGUCUUGAACUUCCCGGAUUCCGUGGGAUCUUACCCCAUUCCCCUUUCCUCUUCCGCAGCUCAUAUCAGAUGCGCUGCAGCCGCAGCUGCUGCGGCUAGGGGUGCGGCUGCAGCGGCCGUGAAGGGAGGUGAAAAGAAGGAAGAGGAAGUUUGUGAUACGGCGGGAUCUUCAACUAUGGGGUUUGUGGAUGAAGAAGAGCUAUUGAACAUGCCUGGUUUGCUAGUGGAUAUGGCCAAAGGGAUGAUGGUGGCUCCUCCGUGGAUGGGAUCUCCUCUGUCAGAUGAUUCGCCGGAGAAUUCUGAUGGAGAGAGCUUGUGGAGCUAUUGAUCGAUUGAUAUCUGUUUAAUUUCUUGUUGGAUCCUUUGUUUACGUUUAUGCGAGUCAUCUUUGUUUCUUUCUCCUAAUGAUUGUUUGAGAUGAUUUGUUAAAUAAUCGUGUGUUUUCCAC